CAUUCCCCCCUCUUCCUUCCCGUUAAGCUAAUCUCUGUCGGUCCGCUGCUUACACCUGCCGCUCCCCGUCUCUCACGUCCAGCCUCACUCAACAUGGAUGAUUUUGACAUGCUGAACGCCCCGGCCGCCGAUAACGGUGUCGGUUCGGAGGAGGACCCCGCCGCCGCCUUCCUGGCCCAGCAGGAGAGCGAGAUCGCGGGGAUCGAAAACGACGAAGGCUUCAGCAUCCUGGACAGCGGAGAGGUCCCCUCGUCGCUGGGAGAGUCUAAUGAUGGUGCCAUCAAUGGAGAUCUUCAUGUGGAAAGCAAUGGCCCAUCAGAUGCUUACGCAGCAAUUUCCAGUGCUGACCGGCUGCAGGCCGAACCUGAAAGCCUACGCAAGUGGAGGGAGGAGCAAAGCGAGAGGAUGGAGCUUCUAGACGACAACUCUCGCCAGCAGGAGUCUGAGUGGAAGGACAAGGCCAAGGUGGAGCUGGAGGAGUGGCACGCCAGGCAGAACGAGCAGCUGGAGAAAACCAAAACCAACAACAGGGCGGCUGAGGAGGCCAUGGUUUCAGAUCUGGAUGAGAACAACCCCGGCACAGAGUGGGAGCGGGUGGCUCGGCUCUGCGACUUCAACCCCAAGUCCAGCAAGCAGGCCAAAGACGUGUCCCGCAUGCGCUCCGUCCUCAUCUCCCUGAAGCAGUCUCCGCUCGUCCGCUAGGCCGCCGAGGCCGCUCAGGGCAUCAUUCCAUAUCAUCCUCUUAUCACCACACAUACCUACCAACCUAGCUACCGACGUCCCACCAUUUGUAUUCUAAAGACAAGGGGGCUUGCACCUCAUCUGUUGCUAUCUGUUUGCCAUACACAGCCCUUCCCCCCCAGUGGAAGGACAGAGCCAGUGGUCCCAUCCCCAUCUAUCUCCUCCUGGCAGGGCUGUAGAGAUUAGCCUCGAAGUACCAGCUCACCAAGUUCUGCCCCCCUGAAAGGUUUUAGAACCUCCUCUGCAGACAAGUCCACACCUCGUAAUUCCUCUUCCUUGUUGUUUAACGAGAUCAAGACCAGUUAGAUCUUAUGUUAGGAAUAACCAGACCAGUUCUCUGUAGGGCUGGUGAGUUGGGACACUAAAAGGGAAGGGUUGAUGUUUGUUUGGGCCGACAGCGACACUACAGCCUGCUUCUCAUGGCCCCCAAACAAUAUCAUUCCCAUGAUGCUGUACUCAUUCUGAUCCUGUCAAUGUUGAUCUGUGAGGGUUGGUUGUUGUUAAAUGGAUUUAAUUUGCCCUCCAUCUCCCCAUGUUCUCCCAGCCUCACAAAAAAGUAUCUUCAGCAUUUUCUUUUCUUCUUUUUGUUUAAGGACCAAACUAAAGCAAAACUCCAGUUCUUUGACCCAUGUGUGUUUAGAGCCUGCUUGUGGUAUAUGUUGUGUUAAAUUUUCCAAUCUAUGCAUUUCCUUUUGAACCCCCCCCCCCCCCCUCUCUCCAGUCAGGAAGUCCAGUGAUUACAGUAUAUGUGAGCUGUUUGUAUGUGCGUUUAAACCUCAACAGUGUGUGUAUGUACUCUAUGUGUGUACCUUUGUACAUAUACAGAUGGCAAUAUAUAUACAGAAUAUAAAACGAUUAUGUCAUUGAAAUUAGACACUUGUGGUUUUAACGAAAACUAAAACGAUCAGCCAGCUGUUGCUUGACCAUGUGUGUUCAUUGUCCUUUUGAUUUCAAUAUCAGUAAAAGUUGAAUGAAA